AUGGAAAAUGACGUAACUUUUCAUGCUGUGGUAACAUGGAUAAGGAAUAUUUUCAUCCCAGCUAAUUCAGUAGUUGGAAUAACUGGUAAUUUCUUGGCAUUGGCUGUGUUCACCGCCAGUCAUCAGCGUCAUUUGUCGUCUAGUGGAUACCUAGGAGCCUUAGCAUGUGCUGAUAAUUUGUUUUUGAUAACUUUGUUCAUCUCUUGGUUUGAUGGGAUCGUUCCUAUCAUGCUAACAAAAGAAUUCUGUCGGUUUGUGAUAUUUACCACGUACGUUUCUAGUUUCCUAUCUGUGUGGUAUGUGGUGUGUUUUACUUGUGAGAGAUACAUUGCUAUUUGCCAUCCACUGAAAGCACCGAUGAUAUUAGCGAAAGUUUCAGAGAAAACUGUUGUGAUCGUUCUUGCUAUUCUCGCUUCUUUAAUGUAUUCGUUUGCAAUAUGGACAACAACUGUGGCCUCUUUCCACGGACGAAAUUUCUGUGUUCCCGAUCAGAGUUAUUUGGAUCUGAUGUCGUUCGUAACCUGGGUGGACACUGUAAUUACAAUGAUUGUUCCAUUCCUGAUGAUAGCUGUGAUGAAUAUACGGAUUGUUUAUUGUGUUUAUCUCUACCAACAUAAGAGACGGUUUAUAUUACAAUCGCACCAAUCGACGCCAGUUAAAGCCAAGUCGCAAAUGAAAAUUACAAAAAUUUUGUUGUUGGUUUCAACUACAUUUUUGGUUCUCAAUUUACCUAGCCAUGCUAUUCGACUGGAACGUAUCAUAGUUGAAAAGACUGACCAAGCUGUUCCUCUAUAUAAAACAUUAGUCCAGGAACUUGCUCAAUAUAUCUAUUACGCCACCUUCAGUGUUAACUUCUUUUUAUAUGCCAUAUAUGGCAAACAUUUUAAGAAAUCUUUAAAUAUUAUGUUACAUGGUCUGUGUAAACGUCACACGUCAAGGAACAAAAAUCCUCAAUGGUCGUAUAGUGAGUAUAACAGAACCUCAAUGACAUCUAUGAACGCACUUCGAGUAACAAAUGGUAGUAUUUCUCCACAUGGAAGCGACGUUUGA